CAGCCAGAUACUCGCUGUGUGUGUGUAGACUGUAGUUGAGAUUUUUAGGAGGCUGAGGUAGUGGGACGUGCAUUAUUUUUCGGAGCAGAACCGACUGCGAGUCCGCGUUUCGGAAAAAAAAGAGCCUCUCUAUACUCAUCUCUGGAGGUUUUAAACAGAUUGACCCGUCACCAUGACAACAGAAGCAGGCUCUGAGACAGAGGUGAAGGAGAAAGCAGAAGAAACAGCUGCUCAGAAGGACCAAUCAGAUACGGCCAAGCAGGAAGGUCAGGAAGAAGCAAACGUUGAAGGAGAGGAGAAGGAAAGGGGCAAGGAGAAGGAAAAAGAGGGCAAAGAAGGCAAAGGGAUAACUCGAUACCUGCCAACAUGGUUUAAGAAGCAGAAAUCUCAAAGCCAGACGUCUCCAACAAAGGAGGUCCCACCGACAGAGGAACCUGUAAGCAAGGGGACGGAGGGAGCGGAGGAGCCUGUCCCGGAACUGAACGGUCACGCCGAGGAAGUGGAAGAGACACAGGAAAUAAAGUCGGAGGAAGUGAAGGAAACAAAAGAAGCUGAAUCUGGUUCCAACGCCAGUGAGCCGGCCAAGGAAGAGAAGGUGGAAGACACUAAAGAGAAAAGUCCAGAGAAGACCAAAGAGGCUGCAGAGGGAGAAGAAGCAGAGAGGGAGGAAAAGAAGAAAGAGUCUGAAGGACACGUGGAGGCUGAAACAGACGGUGGGGAAAGCCAGACUUCCAUUUUCCAGUCUCCUCUUCGCCUGGUGAGGAAGAACAAGAUGAAGGUGGUGGUGUGUCAUGUUACCCUCCUGGAUGGGACCGACUUCACCUGUGAAGUAGAGAAACGAGCUAAGGGGCAGUACUUAUUCUUCAAAGUGUGUGAACAUCUAAACCUGUUGGAGAAGGACUACUUUGGCCUGACAUACAAGGACAACCAUGAUGAGAAGUGUUGGUUGGAUCCCACCAAGGAAAUUAAGAGACAAAUUCGCAGUAACAACUGGCAGUUUGUGUUCAGUGUCAAGUUUUACCCACCGGACCCAUCGCAGCUCACUGAGGACAUUACAAGAUACCUUUUGUGUCUGCAGCUGCGGGAGGAUGUUGCUUCUGGACGGCUGCCUUGCUCGUUCGUCACCCACGCCUUGCUGGGGUCAUACACGUUGCAGGCUGAAUUUGGUGAUCAUGAACCCGAUCCGCCCCGCCCUGUGGACUUCAUCAGUCAGCUGAAGCUCGAGUCCAAUCAGAACAAAGAGAUGGAGGAGAAGAUUCUUGAACUCCACAAAUCCCACAGGGGAAUGACACCCGCACAGGCGGACCUGCAGUUUCUAGAAAAUGCCAAGAAGCUCUCCAUGUAUGGGGUGGACCUGCACCCCGCUAAGGAUUCAGAGGGAGUGGAUAUCAUGCUAGGCGUCUGCGCUAAUGGACUGCUGGUGUACAAAGACCGACUGCGGAUAAAUCGGUUCGCUUGGCCCAAAAUCCUGAAGAUCUCGUACAAGAGGAACAACUUCUAUAUCAAGAUCAGACCAGGAGAGACGGAGCAGUUCGAAAGCACUGUGGGAUUCAAACUCCAGAAUCAUCGAUCUGCUAAAAAGCUGUGGAAAGUCUGCGUGGAAAACCACAGCUUCUUCAGGUUAAACGCCUCAGAGGCUCCUACCAAGGCCCGCUUUCUGACCCUGGGAUCCAAGUUCCGCUACAGUGGGCGAACUCAGGCCCAGACCCGGCUGGCCAGUUCCCUGAUAGACAGACCAGCACCCAGCUUUGAGCGCACCUCCUCUAAACGCAUCAGCCGCAGUCUGGAUGGAGCUCCAAUGAUCAGCAUCACUGAGGCUGGAAGUGAGACGGCUGAGAACGGACGGGACCCUCAUCUAGAGCUCCACUCUGACUCCAAGGCUAAGGAGGUGAACUUGAACCAAGCUGAAGUGGAAGCCAUGCCGUCCCAGCAACAGUCACCUGGAUGUGCUGAGCCCGCCCCCUCUCAGAGCCCAUUGAGAGUGCAUGGGGACAAUAUUUAUGUGAGGCACAGUAAUUUAAUGUUGGAGGACCUCGAUAAGACCCAAGACGAGGUUCUGAAACACCAGGCUAGCAUUAGCCAGCUCAAGCGCUCCUUUAUGGAGGCACCACCUCCCUCUCCUCCUCAGCCCAACCAGUGGGAGAAACGUCUCACCUCCUCUCCUGCCACCACGAUACGUGUCCAGCAGCAACAAGUGAGCCUUGAAGACGAAAUAGCUUCAGUGCUUCUCAGCAGACGCUCUGCUGCCGAGUGCUGUUCAUCCACUCGGCCUCCCUGCAGUGCUACUGAAUCAACACUAGAAGGCGCUGUGACCACAUGCUCAGCUGCUGCUCCCACUGCUGUCUGCACUUCGUCUUUGUCUCAUCCUGUCUCUGCACUUUCUGCCACUGAGGUCAGUGUUCCCCAAACAGAAGCCUCUCCAGCUGAUAACCCCAGCUCUGAUACCAAAGAACCUGCAAAGACCCACGAAGUUGAAAUCGAGGAAACUAUUGUCAUCCAAGAAGUUUCCAGAGCAGCCAAAUCCGGGGCUGUGACCAUUACGGUCGACUCUCCUGUCAUCCCCCCUGCCGAAGAGGAACCUCAGGACCAGAAAGAGAAGGUUGAAGAGGAAGCGACUGCAGUGGAGGAAGUAGCGCCCUCGAAGCCAGAGGGGGCUUCUUCUGAGAGCGAGAGUGAGGAGGAAGCAGAGUACCAUGCUCAUGUUCCAGCAUCCAUCUGUCAAACUAAAAUACCAGAAGAGAAGGAGGAGGAAGAGGAAGAAGAGCAGAUAAAGAAGGAUGAGGAGCAGCAAGUGUCUGCUGCAGUUGUUCCAUCUAUUGCUGUAGAGGUCAGCCAGCCCACGGAAGAAACCAAUCAAGAAGAAGAGUCCAUUAAAGAGGAGACCAUGGUAGAGAGGAAAGAUGAGAAAGAGGAGACAAAUGUAGAGAAGACAGAUGAGAAAGAGGAGAAAGAAAGUGGACGAGAGACUGAGGAAAGUACGGAUGAUCCAAUGGUGACACCUGAAGAAUCUCCAGAUGGCCUCAUCCAUGCUGAGGAGACCAAGAUGGCCGAUCCUACAGAGGAACAGGAGCAGCCUAAAAUGAACGGAGAAGCCUCGCUGGUUGAAGUGGAUCCCCGGCCGCAGGUUAUAUGUUGCUCUGAGCCGCCUGUGGUAAAAACAGAAAUGGUGACUAUAUCAGACACGUUUGCUGCCCAGAAAACUGAGAUAGCAACUAAAGAGGUGCCCAUCGUGCACACGGAAACCAAGACCAUCACAUACGAGGCCGCUCAGCUGGAUGGUAAUGGUGAUGGUGAACCUGGAGUGUUGAUGACCGCUCAGACGAUCACAUCCGAGUCUUUGUGUACCACCACAACCACACACAUCACCAAGACAUUAAAGGGUGGGCUCUCAGAGACGAGGAUCGAGAAGCGCAUUGUGAUCACAGGCGACUGCGACAUUGACCACGAUCAGGCAUUGGCACAGGCCAUUAAGGAGGCCAAAGAGCAACAUCCUGACAUGUCUGUUACCAGAGUGGUUGUUCAUAAAGAAACUGAACUGGCUGAGGAGGAGGAUUGACUGAACUCAGAACUGAAAGACCAGCAGUGACUCUUCCUUCUUCCGACAACAUCUUCAUCGCUCUACAACGACCAACCUGGACUGCCAAAGGGAGUGAGAAGGAGGAGUUUCAGCCGAGGGGGGCAGAGGAUGCCGCUCUCAUUCUGGAUGGUCUUUAAGACAUUUGUUUUGGUGCAUUUCAACCCCUUAUUGCUAAAGGAGAAAAAAUAUCCUCACUCUCUGCAGGAACAAAAAGAACCACUUUGUUAGCUUAACAUUUUUACCUUCUAUUAUUUUAUAUUGGAGCUGUAGCUUUACCUGUUUUGCAAUAAGCGAGAGAAUAUAGUGUCUGUCAUGUGUUGCAGAUAUCGAACCAACACAUGAGGGUCAUGAAUCUGUCUCUAUUAUAAUAUCUGUAAAUUUCAUUAAGGUAAAACAAAGUGAAUAACUUCAGAUUGAAAUAACCUUCAUCCAGAUUAUUUUGAUAGAAAAUGACGAUUUUUUAAUGGAUUCCUUUAAAAAUGAGCUUUUUAUUAAACUACAGAUCCCAUUUCCCCCUUAAAGAAUCAGCAUAAAUGCAAAUAAAAGUAACUCAUGAAUCUGGUUUGAAGAAGAGAGAAACAAACCUGUUCUUUCUUUGUUUUUUACAUGUUAAGCACUCAGUAGACUAAAGCUAUUUCACAUAAAAAAAUAUAAAACUUUCUUUUUAUUAACUACUAAAGGGAGGGAGCUGUGAGCUGCAUAUGGCAGUGAAUCAUCCAGGGUUUUGGAUUUGAUUUAGUUUUGUUUUUGUUGUAAAUGUAGCUAUUCAUCCACAUUCCUCUUGUUACCAGCUGAUGAGUCAAUUCAUCUUCAGUUCAGCUUACUUUUCUUUUUUUUUUUUUUUUACUCACGUUUGAUGACGAUAAAUGAAAUGUAAAAUUACCUAAACUACAAAAACAGAUUGGGAUAAAUUUUGCAAUCUUUUUUUUAAUUAUUAUUAUUUUUCCUUUACGCUGAAGAUGAAUUUGAACUGAAAAUAAACAGACUUAGAUGCUGGUUGAUACAUCUCUUGUACGAAACUAAAAAAAGAAAAAAAAAUGAAGAUGACAAUAAUAAGAGCAGCUUUCUAGUAACUUGGCGACUCCUUGGGUCUCCUCCCUCGUCAACACUAACUAUUCCUAUUGGGCCCCAGGGCAACAUGGGAGAUUUAACUGAUAUUUUAUUGGGAGAGACGCCUGGUAAACUGGAUGACAAUUGGGAGAGAGCCAACAAAUACCUCGUGAAUAAAAACCAAUUGGAGCACUGAUACAAGUUAGCCUUACUCUGUGCAUGUUCCAGCACAUAUCUGCCGUGUUUUCUGAGCAUAAUACCUUUAUGCAUAAUUACAUUUCAACUAAAUCAUUCACAAUGAGGUUCACGCUAGGGAGCAGCAAAGGUACCAAAAUGAAGCAACUUGAAGCUCAUUCUGUCCCAUAUUCAGAUUAAUAACUUCCAUUCGCUCACUUUUACUGCUAAUCUGUUUCUAGUCGUAGUCCUUUUCCACUUAAGCCCAGCUGCUUCUCACAUCCCACUAUGUGCAGCAACCGUUAAGACGAUACGAUUAAAUUCAGCAUGCUUCACGCUUUUUAUCUGCCAGUCUAGGGUAGGAUGCUGCUGCUGUGUUGACUGCUUUAGGUAGAAGAUUAAAAGCCCAGCUCUAAUCAUCUAACUUUAACAGCGGAUUUGUUGUAGCUGUUUUAGUGCAACAGUUUCUGCUCUAUUCAGAUGUGUUUUUCUAAAAGAUUAUUGCUGCAUAAAAUGCUAGAGAGGUAAAACAGCUUAAAGGUAAGCAUCUUAGUGCCCUACCUCUGCGUAGAUCAUUAUGCAUUUACAUGUUGCAGAAUUUCACCAAAUCACUCCUUUUCUACUGUUAGAAGCUUAAAGAAAAUACAUGUUUUUAUGUUUUUAAAUGGAUUCAUAAAAUAAAAAAAAUCACACAUUCCACAUAACUUUAUUGAAAUUAUUUUAAUUUGAAAUAGCACAGGUUUUCCAUAAUGAUCCAGUCUGGAAAGUAAAGCCGGUCUAGUGAAGACAAGGCUUUCUAAACACAGGUCCUACUUCUACUAUGCAGCUAAAAGACAUUCCAUGUGGGGGAGGAGUUUUAACUUCUAUUCCUCUUGCAAAACAAACAAAAAAAUAUAAAAAAAAAGAAUAAAAAUCUUCUGGCAGCUUCAGAAGCUGUUAAUUUAAUCUCAUUGAAUGAAUCCAUAUUGCCGCAUCAGCUGUAUUUGUAGAGUCUUUCACAGUUUUUUCAACUGGGACGGUGGGAUCUGUUGCUCCACCUUCCUGAUUAUUUGUAUUAUUGCCACUGUGUAUGUCGUUGACGAUGAAGAAAACCCACUAAAGAUCAAUGUCUGUUUUGUUUUUUUACCACCUCUUUCCUGUUUGGGGUUCUGGGCUCUUUCAACCAAUCACAGGAGCUUUGGGGCUGUCAGGUUAACUUUUCCAAAAUGUUUGCAGCUUUAAUAAAAUAUUCAUUCUACUUUUCAUUUUGAUUUUAAAAAAGACAUUUUAAUGGAUUUUAACAGUAUAUUUAAAACUCUGUAUUCUUCACGCUUAAAUCUCAGGCUUUAUUUACAAUGAUAGCACAAUUUUAUAUCUGCCUCAACAGAAGGAAAAAAACAAGCAAAUAUCUAAAACACUU